AUGAAGAGCCAGCUGGCUGCGAUUUUUGGCUUUGCCGACACGCGAUUCCCCUUCUCAGACCAGCACCUUCGAUCAACUUGCUCCAAAUCGGAUUUGCUCUAUCGCAUUCGCUAUUACCUAUUCACUCUCAGAUUGGACGAGCACUCGGUCAAGGUCGGCUCGUACUCGCAGGCCCUCGAGCAAGCGGCCGCGGUCGACUUUAGCGCAAUCCAGCAGUACAACAUUAUCAACCACGCAGGUGUCGAUCGACUCAGCCGACCGGUCGUCGUGUUCAAUGCCUGCAAUCUGCCCAGCUCAAAGCAAAUCGACAUGAAUCUGCUCCUCCAAUACAUCAUUGUUGCCCUCGACAAGGUUGUCGAGAGCGAUUAUGUGAUUGUGUACUUGCAUGCUGGGCUCAACAGUGACAACCGCCCAGGAAUUGGCUGGGUCCGCGAGGUCUACAAAGUCUUUGACCGCAAGUACAAGAAAAACCUUAAGGCAUUAUAUAUUGUGCACCCUUCCGUGUGGAUUAAGGUCAUCAUGGGUCUUGUCCGUCCGUUCAUCAGCUCCAAGUUUGCGCAAAAACUCUUGUACAUGUCCAGCCUGGAUCAGCUGUCGCAAUACCUUCACGUCGACCAAAUGGAUGUGCCUGAGUUUGUUCGCGCAUAUGACAAGCGAGCCAACAAGGACAAGCCAGCAGCACUUUCGUCGUCCGUUUCAACUGCAUCUGUGGUGCCUGGCCGACAUUCGGAGCACCAACAAUUUGGCGUCGCCCUUGCAGAGCUUGUUUCUGAUAACCAGCCAAUUCCGCUUGUGCCAAGACUCGCGACCGCUUACAUUCGUCAACACGGGCUGGAUGUUGAGGGUAUCUUCCGCCGAUCAGCCAGCGCGCAGACCAUUCGCGUCGUGAAGGAGAAGUUCAACAAAGGCGAACAAGUUACUUUUGAGGAAUACUUGGACGUGCACAUCCCGGCUGUCUUGCUCAAAACCUUCCUUCGCGAGCUGCCCGAGCCGAUUGUCACAUUCGAAUUGUUUGAUUCAAUCAUGCACAUUCUGGACCUGCCUGCAGAAGAAAAGGUCGAGGCCACGCGCCAACUCUUCCAGACCCAACUGCCAAAAGCCAACUACGUGGUACUGGAGUACCUGAUGCGCUUCUUGCACGAAGUCCUGCUGCAUGCCGAGACAAACCUGAUGACGGCAAGCAACUUGGCCAUUGUGUUUGCGCCCAAUCUCGUUUGGUCGAGCACACAUGCAGCGUCGCUUGUUGCGAUGGGCAAGAUUAACACGUUCGUGCACCUGCUCAUCAGCAAUGUCGACGGCGUGUUUGGCUCAAGUUCGGAUGGCGCUGGCGUCCAACAAUCGUCCAGUGCUGCGCCCGCGGAUGCCUAAAACAAAACAAAACAAAGAAAACACGAAACAGCAUGCUCAUAGUGUCAUCUUUAUGCAACAUUUUUAUUGGUGUUUUGUUCAUGUUUGCUUUUGUUGUACGGUCCUUGCACCGUGAUGUUCACAAACAAAAGUGUGUUGAGACAACAAA